CUGUCGAAACAUGGAUCCUUAAAGAAGCUGACGCACUUAGGUUUAAUGAUCAGCUGUUUAUAUCUUGGGUGAAAUCCUAAAAGUUCCAGCAGCAACAUGAGUCGAAAGCGAAUCACAUCCGCUUCAUCCAUGUCAACCAAAGAAACGGAGAAAGAGGAUGGCGUGCAGGCAGCAAUUCAUUUACGAAAUAUGCAUAACUUUUUUGAGAAGUAUGAACGCUAUGAAUGUCAGGAGUUGCUGUCUACCAGCUCUUAUCAUUGGAUGCUGUCCUCGGAGGAUUAUCGUCUUCCCACGGAUCCACCAGCGGGACUGAUUUCCCGCAUGUACCCGCCCAGUGAAAACCAUGCUGUCCUGUUGAUGCCACUAGAGGAUGACCCACAGUUCGAGCUGGACUAUCGUGAAAUUCACCAGGUCAUCCGUGAACUUGUGCUUGGCAUUUAUAUGUUUAAUCAGACGCCAAAGAUUUCUUUGGAUGCAAACUUUGAUCAGAGCACAUCAUGUCAGAUCCCGCCUGCAUAUCAGGACACAAGAAUCGGCCAGGCCAUGGUCAGUGUUGAUUACAUGAUGAAAGCCCUAUGGCACGGUGCCUAUUUCCCCAAAGAAAAGCGCACAAAGUUUUCAGAGAGGUGGCGGUCUAACCUAGAUGUCAAUGCCAGUGGAAAACCUGAGACCAAAAAGCUGUUGUUGACCGAGUUUAAAACUGCAGGCAUACUGGACGUCAGCAAAGAUCCUGACUUUAGUGAAGCAUACAACUGUGUUCCUGAUGAACAGGCUACUGAUACAGACAUGGCAGAUGAACGAAGAUUUUUCAUGAGUUUCGCCGAGAGCCUUUCUAUGCAAAUGACCUUAUUCCAGGACAGAGUUAUGCAGCAUCGUAACCUCUUUGUGCUGGAUGCUGAUUGGUUGGUCACAAGCAUCGUUCGACUGACCGAUCAACAAAUUGACCACACUGGUUAUGAACGAUUGAACACUCGCCUGCAAUUGCAUGAAAAGAUUAUUCGUGAAAACUUGGUGCGUAAGGCUGAAAUUCGGCAUCAGCUGUUCAUACUGAAACUGGUCAGUUUCUUGGUGCCAUUCAUGAUCGGGUUGAGAAAGAGGAUGAAAAUACCGGAUAUCAGCAGACUUCUUUUACCUUUGACAGGAGAUGAGACAAAAACAGAACGAGAGUUGCCUCCCCUUAUGCUGGGCUCAGACUUCAAGUGUAAAAACUUCAACUUUGGAAACCAUUACUUUCAUUUACAUGGAGGCAUCCUGAUGGACCUGGAAACCCCUUUACCGGAGUCCCCAGACACACCUGUACUGGACAGGUAUGAGGAGCUGUGUGCCCAGUCGUUAGCUCACCUGCACAAGACAGUGGAUCCUGAUCUCACCCUACAGGAGCACUACCCUGUCCCUAAUGUCAACAUCGACGGUAAAAGGUGGGGUGUUAUCUGCAUUACAGGUGUGGUGUUAUCUGCAUUACAGGUGUGGUGUUAUCUGCAUUACAGGUAUGCCGUUGUCUGUAUUGAGACGGAGACAUUUUACCCACAAACCCCACAAAAGCCUCUCUGGAUACGCCCCUUCACGGAGGAAAUAGCCACACUGAAACUAAAGAAACUCCCUAUGAAUGAAAUCCAUCUCCAUGAGCAGUUCAAAAAGUUCUUUGGUGUCAAAAAGGCCAUAAAGUAUAAGACGCCCCAUGCAGGCCUGAAGGCAUGUGCACAGCGGGGCCUAGUCACCAUGUUCCAUGCCCUCUGUCGCAAGAUGCCAGCUGCACGCCUUGGCAAACAGGAUGAGCAGGGCUGUUCUUACCUCCAUUACGCGGCGAUGAACAACCAUCCGGAAAUCAUAGGUCUUCUGCUACUACAGUCCGUUGACGUGAAUGUAAGACGAGGAGGGGUCGUGUCAUCAGGUCCGACGGCUCUUCACUUAGCUGCUCGCUGUGGAGCACUGGAUGCGGUGUCCUGUCUCCUGGCAAACUACGCAAGCUUAGUUGUAUGUGACGUGGAAGGCUGGGCGCCCAUUCAUCACGCGGCGUUCUACGACCACGAACCCGUCAUUCGGCUGAUCAUUAGGAGAUCGGAUGUCAUGCUGGAAUUUCAGACCAAAAAUGAGUUUUUGUCAACCCCAUUACUGUUGGCAGCCAGCUCGGGUGCGUUGUCUGCCGUCCAGUGUCUCAUAUUUCUGGGGGCUGAUAUCAGCCAAAGGGAUUCCAUGGGGAACGGCAUUGUGAACUUGGCAGCGCUGCGAUUCCAUACCAACGUUCUCGAGUACCUGAUAGAGUGGAACAAUCCGGAGGUGCCCGUCUGGAAGCUUCUUGUGGAAAUGAUUGGUGAUGAGAGCAUGGUUAGGAAAGAUAGUGCUAUCAAGUGUUUAGAAGUUCUGUCAACGUCACGCUCUAACCACUGGAAAUCUAUACUUGAUGCAGGUGGCGUUGCAGCCUUCGUGCAGCUGUUGAAGGUUGAUAACGAGGAGAUCCAGUCUGUGGCCGCUUCUGCACUCUGCAACAUCUCUGAACACCGAGCGAUCCAGGUAGCGCUGACCAAGGCCGACGCAGGACCGACACUGGUACAAUUGCUGGGAUCGCCCGUCGACGACAUCCAGUCACGCGCUGCGAUCAUUUUGUCGGACUUGGCAUGUGUUGGAGAGAACCAAGAUACCCUGGCUGAGCAGGGUAGUAUUCCCGCACUAAUCAAUCUACUGGAGUCUGAGCUGGAAGACGUCCUUGUGAACACAGUUAACGCCCUGCGCGUUCUUUGUCAGCACAACCGAGCCAAUCAGACACUUGUUGCAGAAGAGGGCGGGAUAGACCCUCUAGUGGAGUUUCUCACCGUAGACUCUGACAACCUUCAAGCUGGGACAGCGGCUGCAAUAGCAGCGUUAACGCGGGCGCACUGUGCCAAUCAGGACGCUGUAGUAUCAGAGGGAGCUGUCAAACCGCUUGUUGACCUGAUCAAAGGAAGGAACAUAACAGUGCAGGUGAAAGCAGCAAGUGCCCUGGAGUCUCUAGCGGAGAACAAUCCUGACAGUCAGAAAGCCUUUCUAAAGUUGAAUGCCCCCGAGGCUUUGAUCAGGCUGCUGAAGAACAUCAACACAGAAGUGCGAGAGCAGGGGGCGUGUUCCUUGUGGGCGCUUGCAGGGCACACUAAAACCCAGCAGAGGUACAUUGCAGAGAGGGUUGGCAUCCAGUACAUCAUCCAGAUGUUACUGGAACCCACGGAGAAGCUCCUCUAUGUUGGCUGUAUGAUGGCGAUUGCUCUGGGGAGAGAGAAUAUAGCUAACCAGAACAAACUGGCAGAGGCAGACGCUUUCCAACAACUAGCAAGACUUCUGCGCUCUCAGAAGACAUCUGAUCGUGUUUUACUUGUGGUCAUCAAGGUCAUCGGAACCCUGUGUGUUGGUGUGGCUUACCGCAACAAUAAACUGACCCAGCGGAGACUGGCAGAGGAAGGAACCAUACCUGUCCUCGUUCAGCUGCUUCUUUCCCCGCCCAAUCAGGAGAUUCAGGUGGAGAUUGCUAACACGCUGGGCUGCGUCGUUCUCAGUAACCGCGACAACCAGGAAAAGCUGAAGGAUGUGCAAGGAUUCCAGUUCGAGAUCUUACUGGAUCUUCUGAGAUCGAAGGACGAGGAUAUUCGCCUUAAAGCUGGUAUGGCACUGACUGUGUUCGCCUUUAACAACACGCCCCAGCAGUAUGCGAUCCGAGAGGCAGGAGGUAUUCGCUAUUCUGUCUUCCAGCGCUUUCUCAACUCUGGAGAUGAGUACUACCAGUGUUACGCAGCAUUCCAGAUUGUUGUUUUGUCGCGUGUGAUCGUUGAUCAGGACCAGGUGACCUUGACAGCUCGAGGGGUCUCCUUGCUGGUAGACAUGGUUCGCUCGGAAGAUGACAACGCUGUUGUUCUUGCAUCCAGUCUGCUCUCCAGCCUGGCUCACACACGAGCAGGAAUCCCCGACGCCAUGGUAACGCUUGGUGUGAUUGACCUUCUCAUGGAGCGCCUCGAUUCUGACAAUGACCUUGUGCGAACAGCAGUAGCUGUUGCCCUAGGUUACCUGACUUUCAACAAGACCGCUGCUCGUAUUCUGCUAGCAUCGUGCCGGAACUGCCCCGGACUGUACGACCAGAUGAUGAACAACAUCGGAAGUGAUCCCAAAAUCAGCGGAGAGUUUAUAGAGGAUUUCAGAAGAGCAAAGAUCAUUGGACUCCCAGCGCUGUGCUUAGAAAUCAACGGUGGACCUCCAGCAGUUCCACCCAGUAAACGUUCUACAGCUCGCCCAAGCACCUCCUUUUCUCCAGCCGAAGAUCGACCAAUGACGAGACACAGAUCAAACAGAGCGAAAUCAGCACCUGCUUACAGCCAGGGUUUGCGUUCUCAGAGCUCCCAGUCUUCUAGUGCCAGGUUUUCUAACGCUAGCUCCGUUGCUAAAGACUGUAAAGCAGAUGGACCAAAGGGCAGGCCUGCUUCAAGGGCCACAUAUACUGUCAGUGGUCGCCAGAAAUCUGCCCUGAACAGUGGGUUUAAGUCACAUCUUUUGGCAUGGAAGGAAGACAAAAAGAAACCAGAGAGCUAAACACAGAUAUUUCAUGAAAAAAAAAACAGUUGUUUAUUUCCUAAAUUUCUUUAAAAGUUUUGGAACAUACCAUUUGCUGGCUAAAGGUUGAUCAGCCUAAAGUUUGUGAACAUUUUUUGAAAGUGUUUAAGAAAUCAUGAAGUCUUCAUUCGAAUAGGUUGCCAUAGCAGGGAUUUUUAAAAGCUAAGGUAGCACAAAGAAUGGAAAAAUAUUGUCGCCCAUUUUUAAAAUUCAGGUUGAAAAAAAAAAUCUGUAAUGUGACGAUGAAAAGCUUUUUUCAAGUAUUUGGUUUGGAUGAAACCAGACAAUUUUAUGGAACUGGACAGCAGUGUAUGGGCUGAAAUGUAGGUGGUAGAAAUUUCUUCUUAAACACCUUCCAAACCACUUGCGGAUGGCUGUGGGUUUCACCAAUCAAAUAAGUAAAUAAAUUAAACUUUGCAUUACAAGAUGCUGAGACAACGUCGACUCCCAAUGGAUAAACAUAGCGAACAACACAAGCUGUUUUUAUUACCUCCAUUUGAAAAGAGUUUUUUGAUCCCUUAAACCUUAAUUAUAUGAAAGUGAUUUAUGUUUCACUAUCUUGCCCAGUUUAUGAAUUCAUUGCGUUUUAUUGAUGUCACGUUAUGCAGAAAAAGGGUUUCAGGUUUGUAAGAUCAACUAAGAUCUUGAUCCUUUUGUAUUUUUUUUCAUCUUUCCGCCGCGAAAACUUUAUCCCACCCAACAUUCUGUUUAUGCAGGGUAUUCAAUUCUUACAGAGAAUGUUAAGUGAGAUAAAAUUUUCGUGCCCCAUCACCUUGCCCGAAGUUGAAAAAAAUAUUCCAAGCAAUGCAAGACGUAAUGCUAGACGGCUGGAGGUGUCCUGAAAUCGUUUUAUGGGGUUUUUAUUCUUCACAUAGAUCCAUUGUAGUUUUAUUCGCUGAACAGUGUAUAGACAGUGCGCAUGUGUGUACAUGGGCCUUCAUUUUUUGGGUCGCCAUUAAUUUGGUCUGACUUGUGAUUCAUUUUAGUUUUUUACACUUUUGUAAAAAGUCUUACUGCUUCCGAUGCCAGUCGAUAUUGCCAAUAUUCCCUGCCAUAAUAAUUCUUUCAUUUACUGUAUAACCAUGCGAUAAAUCUAGCAAAAGUUGAUUUUUUUUUCUCAACCGCUCAUGAUUGUAUUAAGACGUUCCUAUACUUCAAGUACAUCAUUUUGUGAAGGAAAAUUUUACUGUAAAUCUUCAACCUUUUUAAUCACUAAAGGACUUUUUCAGUGGAAGUUAUGCAUACAGUUAUUAUGCAAAUGAUGCUGAAAUGGUUUGGUUGUGUCAUUAAAGAUGCAAGUUACAUAAAACUGUGCAACUUAUUUCUCUGCACCCUCCCAGGAUGUUUCAAAAUAUUGGUAGCAGAGGCGAUUGAAAAAGUUGAAGAAAUAGGGUGCUUCAUAUAUAUCCUAUUUUUUCAACUUUUUCGCAGGUUUAAGGGCAAUUUUGAAUGCAGUUUAUUCACUUUAAUCUUUUACCUGUGUCAUUUUUUUUAGGUUUGAUGGGUUUUCCUAUAUCAAGACCUUACACAAAAUAUAAUGUUUUGAGUGUACACAGAGAAAUGCCUUCAGAAUAUGUUAAUAACAAAACCAGGUAAUCGUGUGAAAACGUUGAAGAAAUAGGGUACGAGUUCAGAUAUUUUAAAGUCUUAAAUAUGCAUUUGUUUGAAAAUAGAUAUACGUAAAGUGUUUAUAAUAUUCUGAACAUAAACCUGAUUGUUUAUCGAAGUUAAGUGUAUUGUUUGUUAUGGCUCUCAAUAUCUACACAAAAUCCCUCGAAAUAUUGAAGUAUGUUAUUUAUUUUGGAUGCUGAUAUUUAGUAAUUGUGUCUACUAUUUUAUGUGUAGGUGGUUCACAAUAUAUUAUGAUGGAGAUAAAAAAUGCAAUGUGAACUUUAUUUUGAUAUAUAUGAACUGAAUUGUUCAUAUAUAAUUUAGUUUUACCGUACCAAGUUAUCCAGCCUCUGGAAGGUUGACAUACAAAUUGUUAGUGACACCACAAGGUGAUUGUGACAUCAAAAUAUGGCACUUCUGUGAUACAUUUUUGACUAUAUAAUGGUGUCUAACAGUACGAUAUUAUAGAUUUCGUCUUACUUUGGUUAAUUUUGAAGCUUUUAAAUUUUAAAAUCUUCGAAUAUAAUUGAGUAAAUUUAAAGAAGAUUUUGCACAAGGGAACCUCAUAGUCUUGCCAAUAUUGUCACUGGCGACACAGUGUCACAUUAAUGUGAUUUCGUGACAGAGAUGCAAAAUUUAAUCAAUGACUAUCCUUAAUUAACAUUUUUAUUUUUAAGUAGGUGCAUAUAUUUUUAUUUGUCUUUUUGUUUUUUCUUCACUGUGAUAAUGUAUUCUCCGUCCGCGGCCGUUUUUGUUUGUUGUAUAUGUUUAUGUGUUGGUAUGUAAUGUCUAAUGAGGCAUACAAUUGUAUUUAUAUAUAUUUAUACAUGCAAUAUUACUGAUUUCACUCGAUGGUAAUGGAAAAUGAUCUGUUUACCUGAAUAAAUAAAUUUAAAAAAACAAAACGUGUUAUAUUUUGUUAAGGUUUUGAUUUUUCCUGACACAUGGUUGCGGAAACAGAUACUGUUGUGAUUAAUCCAAUGGCCUGGUGUAAAAUGGACUUUAGAUUAAUUAUGUCUUUGAAUGGUGGUUUACGUCGUACCCAAGAAGAUUUCACUUACAUGGCGGCGGUCAGUUUCAUGGUGGGCG